GUGGACGAUGCCCAGAGCACGGUGUCGGUGGAGUUCACGCCCACCAUCCCUCACUGCAGCAUGGCCACGCUCAUCGGCCUCUCCAUCAAGGUCAAGCUGCUCCGCUCGCUGCCCGAGAGGUUCAAGCUGGAUGUUCACAUAACUCCAGGAACACAUGCCUCUGAGCACGCAGUUAACAAACAGCUCGCUGAUAAGGAGAGGGUGGCAGCUGCUUUGGAAAACUCUCACCUGCUGGAAGUGGUGAAUCAGUGUUUGUCUGCUCGGUCAUGAUUGCCUGCUGAGGAAAUCAUUGCUGUUCUGAUCUACUCAACUGAUUUUGUAUAUAAGUGGUGAUGUUACAAUUUACAUAAAACGGUGAGCAAAAUAAAAUCACUUAAAUUCUCUUGAGGAAAUGUUUCUUUGCUCUUUAAAAAAAUACUAUGCUUACAGACAGCUACAAAAAUACAAUAAAAAUUGGCUUUUUAAUUGUAUGAGUCAUUGCAUGGGUAGAAUUUUCCAUUAAAGAUAUUUUUUCAACUUA